UGCAAAAACGCUUCGAAACACCACGUCGUGCGCGUUAGUGGUGUUUGAAAAAGAAUAACCGGGUACACAAUUUGUGGCCACAAUAAACAAGAACACCAAGUGGACACCAGAGGAAGCAAAAAACAGAAAGUAAGCAGCACAACAGCGGGUGGGAAGCCGUGCUGGCAUUUUCGCUCAUUUCAAUUGCUUGUUCAAGUGUAUGCAUGUGUGUGUUUGCAAGAAGGAACCGAAAACCGAGAAACGGCAUGAAGAUUACGCUUCUCGUGCUCCUCGCCACGCUUACGGCUUAUUGCGGUGCAUCGGUAUUAUCUUUGCCACCAUCGCUUAUCGCCACAGCGGCAUCCUUGGCACGGCACCAUGUUCGCCAAACACGAGACAGCCACGGAAGCGCUACCAUAACAGCUGGUGCCACCACGAUUCAUUUACCACAGCAGCACAAUCAUCCCGUUGCAUAUCCGCAGCCGCUUCAAUGGCAGGCGGUGCGUCCGAAGAAGGACGCAACCGGCUUUCGAUUAGGCAGCAAUAUUGCCACAAAUGGCUACACUGGCACAGACACCAGCAGCGAUGAUAGUCUAGGCCUGCUCAGCAUAGAUAACAACAACAAGGUUAGCGGCAAUCUUGCAGAUGGUAAGGAUGCAUAUGAAAGUCGCAGCGGCAACGGCAUUCGAAAAUUACCGGAUGAAUACAAUAUAAAUGCGCUACUGGCAGGUGCCGCUGAUCGCUUGGAAUGGCAAAAUGAAAAUGCCCAACAGCAACAACCACGAUCAGCACAAUGGUGGCAUAUACAAGCACCGCGGAUACGCGCUAUGCAGAUGAAGGAAUUUUUUACGCCGCUCAAGUAUUGGGCUCACCAUUGUCAGCCGCCUGAACACAACUGUCCGCAGGAGUACUACCGAGCGCUGCUCGCUGACAGAAGCCGAGCGGCCGCUGCAGAAGCUAAACUAAUGGAUGAUUUCACCGCCAGCGACGGUGAGGAAGUGAAGGUGAAACAACUAAACACCAGCGCUAGCGCUGCCAAUGAAGAUGAUGAUGUUAACGUGAACGCGCAUGUAUUCACCCAAAACGAUGACGGCGGCGGCUUCUAUGAUUCUAUGGACAACAUUAAUGAUGAUGACGCUGUAGAUAAUGUCUACAACGAUGCUGAUGCAGUUGCUGAAAUGUCGUACGAUGAAGAUGAAGGCGGCAAUGCCGGCAAUGACAUUUUAAUGCUGCUCAGCGGCGAACAAGAUGUCAUGAAAUUCCUGAGUUGGGCCAUGGAGCAGCUCUAUCCAUAUCAGCAUUUUGUACGGCUGAAUGGUAGUGAGCGUGCGGAAUACUACCACCCAGGCAUGUUCAACUGGAAGAAAUUGAAUUUAUCGGGACACCUCGAACCACCUUUGAUGGUGGAGGAGCCGCAAUAUGUAAUUGUGCGGCGUGAGCAGUUGGAAGACGACUUGCCACCAGGCAUACGCAUCGAAGACCGCAAACCGAAGCAGCGCAGUUCGCUUUUUCAGAGUAUUUUCAAUCUCAACCACGGCCCACAGUACAAAGACGAUCCAUUUAUACCACCGCGCGGCCGCAAACACAAUUUGCCCGAUCUGGAUGCAUUGUUGAAUCGCUACGAAACGUUUGUGCCAAAUCGCGGCAAACGCGACAAAAUCAAAGACAUUUUCAAGUAUGACGACCUAUUUUUUCCGAAUCGCGGCAAAAAGCAUAAGCCGCCAACGACCGCAACUGUGGCGCUGAUCGAACAGCUACAGCAUAACAGUGACGACAAAGCGAACGAUAUGAAUGCGAUUGACAACCUGCCUGAAGGCAAUGUUGACACUGGUGGCCAGAUUGAUGGGAGAAGAACGCUGCUGUUACGCAAUCAAGUUGAUAGCAGCGAUGACAGCAAUUUGACAGCGUCGCCUGCUGCAGUUGCUAUCAGUCGUCUAUUGGCUGGAUGGAUGAAACGCUUGCGACCGCAUGAUGGAACACAGAGAAGUGGCUUUGACAAAAACAAUGAUGACAACAGUUACAGUGAAACAAUUGACAGCGAUGUUGCAAUUGCUAAUGGCUACAGCAGCGGCAAUGGCGAACUCCCUGCCAGGAUUGCGCGCUUACGCCGCUUGCCAACUGCAAUCGGUGGCAUAACACGAAUGGCAGCAAAUCGUUUGAUCUCAAUGCCUCCAACAAUAAGUUCUGCAGAACGGCAGCAAAACAAGAGGCCAACCAGACGGCAAGGGCGCUUACCACAACAACAAGCAGCAAUGCUUCGGUAUUUUAUUCGACAAUUACGGCAGCAGCAUGCCCAACGACGCGAUAGCUGGCAAUUGCCAUUGCUAUCGAAUCAGGUGCGAACUAACAAUAACGAUUUAGAUCUGUUGACAUGGCGACAGCAACAACAAGAGAAUAAUAAUAAACCUUGGACAGCACCACAUCCACAAAUCACAUGGCUGCAACACUCACAAUUGCAACAAGAAAAAAUAGAGCAACCAAAAGGAGAACGAACCGAACACCAUCGCCUGCAACGUUUGUUUGGCGGUAUAGCCGCAGGGCGCAGCUCUCGAGAGACGAAAGAUAUUGGUGGCAUAUAAAGUUUAAUGUUGCCACUGGUGGCUCCAUUAUUCUUGCUCAUUGCCUUCAGCACUCUUGUAACAAUCGAAAUUUAUUACAGAAAAUAUCACUAACAUGCUUUCGAGAGAAAAACCACUGAAACCAAUUCUGACCCACGGUCGAAAUAGAGUUGAAAAUUAGUAGAAGCGUCAGUAAACGAAAUGAACCGUUCGUCAACACUAAAUAAUAAGCUAAAAUGCACUUAAACGUAUAUCAACGCAUUGUAUUUAUAUGUAUAAACAUUUACUGCAUAUGCUCCCCACACAUAUCUCGAUGUAUUCAUAUGAAUUAUUGGAAAAUUUCAAUUAAAGUUCUAACUGUAAGCAAUUGA